AUGUCCUUUUCUGUUCACAGAGUGAUUCCCCCUCCCCCCCACAAGCAAGCUAUAUAUGACUGGCAUCUCCAGCACUCUCCUAAUCACCGCCUCUUUGUGUAUUCACGUGAGGACGGCAGCAUAAGGACCAUAUGUUGGUCCGAGGCAGUCGUUGCCAUAUACACUGGCGCUCGUUUGAUAAAGAGUCUUGUGCCGUUCAAUUCUGACAAGCCUCCCGUCAUUGCCAUAUUAACGAUGUCCGAUUCUAUCACUUAUUUUACUACAAUGAUGAGCAUUUUACGCGCCAACUACGUGUUCUUCCCCAUCUCCCCACGGAACUCGGCGCAGGCGGUUGCACACCUUUUGCACAAGGUGGGCGUACAGCAUGUCCUUAUCGGCAGAGACGCGUCCAUGCAAGCUCUUGCCCGUGAUGCACUCGAGGUUCUGAAAUCCCAAUAUCUAGUGACGGAGCCGCCGGAGACAUCUGUGGCUCCGGCCUUUGAAGACCUCUUUCUCCCCGAAUGGCAGAAGAAUACGAGUGCUGAGGAUCUUCCUCUCAAAGAGGUCGAUCCUGAUUCUACCAUCAUGUACCUGCAUUCAUCUGGUUCAACAGCAUACCCGAAACCAAUUCCUUGGAGCGGACAUCGUCUUGUUCAGUUAAGUCUCACACCUUGGUUCGGGGAAAGAGAUUUGUGCAACGUCCUUUCUGCCCUUCAUGUGAUGCCCAUGUAUCAUGGCCUUGGCGUUACGCAGCUUUGCUGGACAGCAUCCUCGGGGUUAGUUGUAGGCGUAUUCGAACCCAAAUCCCCUGCCAUACUUCCUACGCCAGAUAAACUGUUUGCUUCAGCCAAGGCAACCAGCAGCGACUUGAUCUUUUGUGUUCCUUCAUUCGUUGAGGCGUGGUCUCGUUGUCCGGAGUAUGUCGAGUGGCUGGCCAGUCGUUCGGGAGUGCUCUACAGCGGAGGACCAUUGAAUAAAGUCAUUGGAGACGACCUAACGUCUAAAGGCGUUGACAUUUUCAUUGUGUAUGGAUUUAAGCCCGUAACAGUCGAUACUUGUGUAUUAACGCCACCUUCCAAAGCUAAAUCUAGUUACGACUGGGACUACUUCGAAUUUCCCAAGUGCAUAACUCCAGAAAUGGUGCUAAAUGGAAAUAACCUCUACGAGUUUGUGAUGGUGAAAAAUGACUUUGGCGUACCUAGUGUCAUCAACACGAAAAUCAAUGGCGUUGACGCGUACACGACGUCAGAUCUCUUGAUGCCGCACCCGACUAAGCCAGGAUUAUGGAAAAUAUUCGGGCGCACCGACGAUCAGAUUAUGUAUAACACAGGAGAGAAGACGAACCCUGUACCGCUAGAGAGCAUGCUCAAUCAAGAUCCCCAUGUAUCCGCUGCAGUCAUGUUUGGACGAGGGCAAUUCCAGGCGGGAGUUCUUGUUGAACCGAAACCUCAAUUCGCAUUCGAUCCUGCUGACGAGACCAAACUUGCGAAUUUCCGGAAUCUAAUAUGGCCUACUGUGAAAAGGAUGAAUGAAUUCGCACCACAGCAUUCCCGUUUAUUCAAAGAGAUGAUUAUCGUGGCAAAGCCAACAAAGCCUUUCACCUAUACGGCAAAGAACACAGCAAGGCGACAGGCUACUCUUACAGACUACAGUGACGAGAUCUUAGCUGUUUACGAGACUGUAGCAGAGAGCACGCAAGCUAAUAUUCCCCCACCUCCGGAAUGGGACGAUGCAUCCACGAAGGAAUUCGUCCGUACCGUUGUUCUACAGGUCCUUUCUCACUCGAUUUCCGACAACGACGACUUUUUCCAACACGGCUGCGAUAGUUUACAGGCGACGUGGAUUCGAAACACCCUCCUUCGUGCUCUCCAGGAUUCAGCCGAGUUCGAUAUCCGCCAAACUACGGAUAACUUCGUCUAUACGUACCCGAAUAUAGCUCAACUGGCAAAGUUCCUUGCAUCAGUAGCUCAAGGCAAGCAUGUUGCCGUUGGUUCAGGCUCUCCGGUAGAUGCGAUGCGAGUGAUGGUCGACAAGUACUGCAAGGACUUUGUGGUUAUUCCCGAAAACAACUCCGACACGAGGACCAGGAAAGUCGUGCUCAUAACCGGCACUACUGGAGCCCUCGGUUCUCAUAUUCUAGCCAGCUUGGUCUUGGAUGAGAACGUUCAGCACAUCUACGCUAGGCAACAGCGAGCGUUUUCCCGUCAUGGAUUAGAUGUCGGCUUGGAGAAGGUUACCUUGGUGGAAGCUGAUUUAUCGACGAAAUCACAGGUUCUUGCUGAGGUUAUAGGCUCCGUAACGCAUAUCAUUCACAAUGCGUGGCGAGUGGAUUUCAACCUAGGCCUUUCUUCCUUCGAGGCUAAUAUCCGAGGCUUGCGCAACGUGAUUGAUCUGGCCCUAACCUCCCGAGCUCGACUUAUCUACACAAGCUCUAUUGCUGUUUUCCAGAGUGCCGACGAGGAUCGGCCAUUAGCAGAAACCCACAUUGGCGCAGAAGUCGCGCAUGGAAUGGGGUACGGCGAGUCUAAAUGGGUGUCGGAGGAGCUGUUGCGCUUGGCUCCUGGCUUACGUUACCUCGUUCGAGUCGGCCAGCUCACUGGAGGACUUAAAGGGACUUGGAACGUGAAAGAGUGGAUUCCCUCGAUGAUCCAUAGUUCCACGGUGCUCGUUUAUCUGCCAGACGACGAUAAGCUCGUAUCCUGGGUACCAGUUCACGAAGCGGCGCAGGCCAUUGUCGACAAUGUGGAUUUUCCUGGUCCCGUCAUGCAUCUUGUUCACCCGGAGCCUGUUUUGUGGGCCAGUCUAGCUCGAGUCAUUUCACACGAGUUGGCCGUCAGACUCGUUCCUUAUGGCCAUUGGCUACAAGCGCUGGAGAAAUCGUCUUUGGAUCCAACGGCAUUGCCGGCGAAGCGUAUCCUUCCAUACUACAAACGUAACGCUGAGGCACUCGGACGAAAGAACAGGGAGGCAUUCGGACUGCCCCAACUUUUGGCGGGAUCGAUUUAUGGGGCGAACUUCCCGCAAUUGGGUGGUGAAGACGUGAGGAAAUGGUCGCAGUAUUGGCGUGAAGAAAAAGCAUUGUAGGAAGGAAUAGACUCACAAACGAUGCAAUUUUGUACUCCAUUGUCGACAGUAUGGUACAUUUUAUGUCCUUCUCUUGCGUUGACCUAUAUACCGUUGCAACUGUCAAAUUAGAGGGAUAUCACGUCGACGCUGAGAGCUGAAGGUUGGCGGUGGCGG